AUGAACGGCCAGGAAUCAAAUUCUCCAGACGUUAAUGAUACGAGAUCUCCGAGUAACGACACCCCCGUUAGUUCCAAUAAAGAACUUUUAGAUAAGACUAAGUUGCUGCGUGAUACUUUGGAGCUACUGCUUGAUAGAUCUGAGGAACAGAGGAAACAAUGCGAUCAACUUUCGCAUGAAAACCGGUAUUUGCAGGACUACAUUGAAAAUCUGAUGUCACAGGGCAAUGUUCUGGACAAAUAG